CCUACCUAUUCAUAAAAAUGCACAAGUCAUUGAUUGAUGUAAAAAAUAUAGUAAAAAUAGAAUACCUGCGAAAAAUCAUUGACUUACAAAUCUCGUGAUUUUUCUAUUUUUAAAUAAUUUCAUGUGAUUGUGACUCACACAUUUACUUUACGGAAAAUGUUUGUUUUUAUCAAUAGAGUCUAAGUAAUGGAAGUAAUAAUUGCUAUGGGACAUUUUUGUGAUACUCAUGGACCCUGUGUAAUUUUGUGUACUGAAGCAUUUGACAAAAUUCCUGAAAAACCGUCUUCUCUUAAAGUUCCCAUUUGUUCAGCUUGUGAAUCGAUAAAACUUGAUACAGUGUAUGCCUGUGAAGACGAAAGAAAGCAAUAUAUUACCUCAAGAACAUCAUUUGAUUCCAAAACAGCACAUUUAUUAAAAGAUGCAAUUUUAAGAAGUCUUAGUAUUGAAAUGGUUUUGCAAGAUGGAAAAACUUCGGGGACAAUGUAUUUUGGAGAUAACAAUCGAGGUCAUAUCAUUGCACAUGUUUUUAGCGUAAAGGAUUCAUUUUCAAGGGGCUUUAAGAGAAAAUAUUGUAUAAUUGUCCUUGGGAAACAACAGAUAUCUUUGCUCAGUCACUAUGAUUUCAUAGAAAAUAACUUGAAGAAGAUCAGUGAAGGCAUACAGCAAAAAGCAGACAAACUGAAUACAACUGAAAGAUCUUCCACCAAUGAUAUGGAGAAAGUUCUAAGAUCUCUUCCAGAGCUAAUUGGUGAAUCUGCUAUAUAUGGACAGCUCCAUAUGUGGUUUGUGUUUUUAUUAAGGUCAAAAAUAUUCCAAAGGGUACCUCAUAACAUUCCAGCCUGUCCAGUAGAUUGUUCCUCCAUAGAAAAAUUAAGAUAUAUAAAAUUAGAAAUGUCAGAUGCUGUAUAUGAUACAAUUGCUUAUUGUGUAUUAACUGGAAUUCACAUUGAAGAAGUAGAUACAAGUAUUAUAAAAUACUUUCAGGAAUUGUUACCCAAAGGAUUUAAACUGCCAAAUAAAGGACAGUUGUGUACUAUAUCCAAAGUCAAAGAUACAUGGAAUGUUAAAUUCCAAGGUAGUCUACCUCUAGUUCUGCCUAGACUUCACACAUGUAUAAAAGAAGCAUUGGAAGAUACAAGUUUAUCUAAUUCAGCGCUGUACCAUCAGACUAAAAGCCUUAUCAUGCAUUGGUACAGCAUUUCAUGUGUUCUUAGUUGGUCUAAGAAGCAUUGUGAUAAUCUCAUGAGGACUUUGGAAGUUCAUAAGUGUGAUAUGCCAUUGUUAUCUUAUUGGAUACCUCAAAGCGGUGCUUGUGUAGAACUAUGUAAAACUGAUUAUUUUAAAUAUACAAAAAUGUCGUGACAGUACUGUAUACCUCAAUUAUGAGAGGGCAUUAUUUAUCAGUAUUGUAAUCAUGCAGUUUGUGAUCUACAAGUAGCUAUGAUCUAAUAUUGUUGUUUAUAUUAACACAUAAACAAUUUUUCCCUGACAUUUCAUUUUAUUAUCAAAGACAAUUGUCUUUCUGACUUUGGCUGAUUGCAAACUGAGCAUACUAAACAAAAGGUCUGAAUAAAAUAAUUCCACACUAAAGCAUAUUAAACGCAGUGUGGAAAUAUUACUAUUAUUAUACUACUAUCAAUGUAUCUUUACAAAACUCGGCUGUGAAAGCUUCUAUUUCUUGAUAGAAAAAUAAAGUAUUUAAUAAUUAAAUGUUGGAAAAAACUUUCGCCAAUAUGUAUCAGUUUUCAUUUUGGU